CAUCAGCUACUUAGCAGCGGUUAAGCCUAAAGGCAGCAGCACAAGCAGCAGGGAUGCUGGUUCUCCGUGGUUUGGAAACACCAUCCUUCGCUCGGAACUUUGGACCAGCCUCAGGCAGCCAUGGAGUGCCAAGGGGAACAAUUCGAGAUAAGAACCUGUCAUGGCGUCGGUGGAUAAGAUCAACGAUUUGUUCCAGCAAGGAACACCAGGAACAACGUAGCGAGGAUGACGAGCUUCUUCGAGGGAUGCAGGAAGACUUGAGACGCAUGGAUGCUCCAGCUAGUUUUCAAGCCGGCCAGUCUUCGUCAUUCACGGACAAGGAUUCUCGCAUUCCAUUGCGAGAGGUCGUGGACAAGGCCCUGAUUGUGGACUUUUUCUUCAUUGUGGUGGCACUGGGAUGGCUUCUGGCUGGAUUGGGCGAGAAAGCGGCAUUCAACUCGUCCACACUUCUCGAUUCCUGGUACCCACUGUGGCCGUUACUCUUCCAGCCAGCGCUCGGUUUUUUCAUGGCCGGCGUGCUCUUGUCGGUCGUGUUUCCACGCAAGGAGAACAAGUAGAGUUCCAGUUCUAGGGAAGGAACUUGUUUUUUUAAGGUCAAAAGGAAGGGAACGCGAUCAUGGAGGCACCGGCUUCGUCCGACAGUGCCACCGAAUUCAGCUUCUUCCAGGCAUGAAUGAAAUCUUUUGUGUCU